AGAAACUCCACGUUACGUAGUUUUGACUUCGGAAAUGGCAAAUGACAAGUGGUAGGGAAAUGAGAAACUUUGUGGAAGAUAAGUAGUUUGUAAUCCUUGAAAAGUUGACAGUCAAAUAGGAGAAGUAUAUUCGAAUAUAUAUUAUAGCAUCUGGUCGUAAUUUUGGAGGUGUAGACACAGUACCUACUCACCUUUCUGAAUCGGUUCGUUCUGAAGAAGGCGUCUGUCGCGACACAGCUAGCUAAAUGAUCCAGAAGUUUUGUCGAAUUGAACAGAGAAACCACGAACUAUUACUAGAGAUUUCAUUUCAUAUCAUAAUUUCAUAUUCGCAUUGUUAAAAAUAUAUUAAAGAAAUGACGAAUAGAGAGGACGAAUAUGACUAUCUUUUCAAAGUGGUGCUGAUUGGGGACUCUGGAGUGGGGAAGAGUAACCUGCUGUCUCGCUUCACCCGCAACGAGUUCAACCUGGAGAGCAAGAGCACUAUCGGGGUGGAGUUUGCCACCCGCAGCAUCCAGGUGGAGGGGAAGACUGUCAAGGCACAGAUCUGGGACACGGCGGGACAGGAGCGCUACAGAGCCAUCACCUCCGCGUACUACCGCGGUGCAGUGGGGGCUCUGCUGGUGUACGACAUCGCCAAACACCUGACGUAUGAAAACGCUGAGCGCUGGCUGAAGGAGCUGCAGGACCACGCUGACAGCAACAUUGUCAUCAUGCUGGUGGGCAACAAGAGCGACCUGCGCCACCUCAGGGCCGUGCCCACGGACGAGGCCAGGGCCUUCGCAGAGAAGCACGGACUGUCUUUCCUGGAGACUUCUGCCUUAGACUCCUCCAAUGUGGAACUGGCUUUCCAGACAAUUCUCACAGCCAUCUACAAUAUUGUAUCCCAGAGGCAGAUAUCGAGCCGCACAGAUGCUGACUUUUCGCCCAACUCCAAUGUGGUGCCCAUCACCGUGCAGCCUACGCAGAAUGCUAGCAAGCCGAGUGCCUGCUGCCAGAACAACUGAAACCUCACUACUGCCAGGGGGAGUCAGGGAGGGACAGGUAGACAGGGAGGGUGGACCAGGAGACGAGGAGAGACAGGGAGACAGACAGAAAAGGGGGGUAGGGGAGAGAUCCGCAGGGGGGCAAACGGACAAAAAGGCACACAAAGGGUGCAACCAAGUGUGCUUCUAUAGCCUCUGUUUGCAUGGCAGUCUGUCCUCAACUAAUUCAAUAAGCUUCAUGGUUACGCCUUGGAUUGAUCGGUUUUAAAUAUGAAAGGGGACAUGAAUUGAAUGUAAUUGAAUUUAAUUUACAUUAAUUGAAAAAUUUAGAAUGUUACGGUAUGGUCCGCCAUAUCUUUCCACAGUUUUUGUCACUCAUUGUGAACUGAUGCCCCAUUGUAAUAAGCCUGUGAACGCUAGCCCAAUUCCCCAGCACAGAAAACAGCAAAAAGAUUUGCCUGUGAAGACCUAAUUGACUUCACUGAACUGUAAACCCCCUCCCUCCUUCUACCCAGCCUGCUCCUCCCAGGCUUAUUUAAGUUUGUAUCCCAAUGAUAUUUAUUUAACAUUGUGUUGAGGUUUUCCGCUAACAUGCAACAUGGGGUGGACUUCAUUUGCGUACUAUAUGAAUGGUGUCGUCUCUUGGUUCUUGCUUUCACUGGUAAUCAGAUCCUUUUAUGAUGGAGUCAUUAAAUGUAACUACCCUUGGCUAAUGGGGAAACGAGAUGUUAAAGACCUCAUCUCAAAUGUACCUGGUCAAAUAUCUCUGGCCAGUCUAAACUGCACAACAUGAGUGGUCUGUGGCAAUAUCUUCAUGUCCAUUUGAUCAGUGCACUUUCACUUCUUUUUAGUCUUCUUUUUGUAGUAUAAAAAAAAAAGAAAUGAUUUCUCCAAUCAACAUUUUCAUUUACAAAUCGUUUUUUUUUUCGUUUCUUUUUUUUACCCAAAAUCUUUUCAGUCUUGGUGUUUGGGGUGUUAUCCUUUGCCGGCUUAAGUCAACUUCUUGUUUUUCUUAUGGCCGUCUGUACGAGAGGGUUAUAUUCUGGUUGCAGUGGUAGAAGGGCCCUGUCAGUGGAGGUCUGCCUGUUGUCCUAGAACAGUCCAAGGCCCAUAGCAUUGCCCACUGCAGGGUCUCUGAUGCACCCGAGACGGCUUGUUUUAUGGAGGUCCUCUACUUCCCACCUGGCCUUAUCCGCUGCAUGCACCUGGAACAGGUCCAGGUCUUCUGGGUUUUCCUUUCGCACUGUCCCAGGUCUCUGUGGUUCUACGGUAUUUGUGGGUGUGUUUUGUCAGUAGGUUGGUUAGAUUGAGUGUUAGGAAGGUUUUUAAAAUGCUAAUUUUCAUAUCUGUAUAUUUGGAUUCCAUGUGUAUAAAUAAAUGUCAUUUGUUAAUAGCC